AAGAGAUUGUUGGAAAGAGGAACAUCAAAUUAGGAAACAGAAAGCUGCAGAAGAGGACAACAGAGUUCAUGGAGAAGUAGAAGAGUGGAUGACGGCUGGAGGAGAACUACCUGUGAUUGAGGACAGCUAGCACCAGUAACUGGCAGUGUGUGGAGGUGGGAAAGCACAGAAGACAAUAUUCCAUACAGUCCCAACUUCCCACCUCCAGGAGUGUGAAAGACUGACUGCAGCCCCAUUGCUAAGAAUGGACUCUCUAAGGACAAUCUGGAUAUGGCUCAUGCUAUGUUCGGUAUACUCUUUCACCCUUGCCAAGUUCAGCCCAGAGGCCUGGCUACAACAAUAUGGAUAUUUGCCGCCAGGAGAUCUCCGUACUCACACAUUACGCUCUCCUCAGUCUAUGAAUGAAGCUAUUGCUGCUAUGCAGAGGUUCUAUGGGCUGACAGUGACUGGCAAGGUGGACUCUGACACAGAGAGGGCAAUGAGGAAGCCACGUUGUGGUGUGCCAGAUAAAUUUGGUUCUGAAAUUAAAGCAAAUGUAAGACGAAAAAGAUACGCUAUUCAAGGUCUGAAAUGGCAGCACAAGGACAUCACUUACUGCAUACAGAACUAUACUCCAAAAGUGGGUGAAUAUGAGACAUAUCAAGCUAUCCGGAGAGCAUUUGCAGUAUGGCAGACUGUCACCCCACUGCGAUUCAGCGAGGUUCGAUAUGUGGACAUAAAGGAUGGUCAUGCCAAACAUGCUGACAUAAUGCUUUUCUUUGCUGAGGGGUUCCAUGGGGAUAGCACACCUUUUGAUGGAGAAGGUGGAUUUUUGGCACAUGCAUACUUUCCUGGGCCAGGCAUUGGUGGAGACACUCACUUUGAUUCUGCUGAACCCUGGACAUCCAGAAAUGACGAUCUAGAUGGGAAUGACUUGUUUCUUGUGGCUGUCCAUGAACUAGGCCAUGCAUUGGGUCUAGAACAUUCCAAUGAUCCAUCAGCCAUUAUGGCUCCAUUCUAUCAAUGGAUGGACACUCAGAACUUUCAACUACCAGAUGAUGACCGCAGAGGUAUCCAGCAGCUCUAUGGAAGUGGUCAUGGAGAGGGCUUACCACCAACACGUUCACCUCGUCCCACAAGGGCACCUAGACCUACUCCACGGCAACCUGAUGAUCCUAAUGUGCCUUUUGGACCAGACAUUUGUCAAGGCAAUUUUGACACUAUUGCUGUUUUAAGAGGAGAGAUGUUUGUCUUUAAGGAACGCUGGUUCUGGCGUGUGCGGAAUAACCGUGUAAUGGAUGGCUACCCACUGCCCAUUGGACAAUUCUGGCGUGGACUUCCAAGUUCUAUAAACUCAGCUUAUGAAAGAAAAGAUGGGAAAUUUGUCUUCUUCAAGGGGGACAAGCAUUGGGUGUUUGAUGAAUCCAUUCUUGUACCUGGGUAUCCCAAGUCACUGAAGGAGAUGGGUAGAGGAUUACCGAGUGAUAGGAUUGAUGCUGCACUCUACUGGAUGCCCAAUGGAAAAACAUACUUCUUCAGAGGAAACAAGUAUUACAGGUUUAAUGAGGACUUGAGAGAAGUAGAUGCGGAUUACCCAAAACCUAUCAACGUGUGGGAAGGAAUCCCUGACUCUCUUCGAGGGGCAUUCAUGGGAAGUGAUGGAGCUUUUACUUAUUUCUAUAAGGGUAAUAAGUAUUGGAAGUUUAAUAACCAGCAACUAAAGACAGAAUCCGGAUUUCCCAAGUCUGUCCUGCAGGACUGGAUGGGCUGCAGCACUGCCCGCCAACCUGAAGACACUGAUGAGGAAACAGAAGUGGUGAUCAUUGAAGUUGAUGAAUCCAGUGGAGGAGUGAGCACCGCUGCUGUUGUAGUUCCUGUACUCCUCCUACUUUGUGUCUUGUUCCUUGGACUGGCGGUCUUGAUCUUCAGACAGUAUGGCACACCCAAGAAGCUUCUAUACUGGCAGCGUUCCUUGCUGGACAAAGUGUGAGACCUCAUGGAUCUGGACCCUGCCCCCAUCACAAUCUCUCCUGCCCUCCCACAUGUCCCUCACACACACAGAUAUCAUGGGGAGCAGUAUCAGUAUCCUGGGACGGGAGGAAGGGAGAGAACCAGUUUACACCAACUUUUGCCGCUUUUGUGCGGUGGACAUUGCUAUGUUUAACCCCUUCACUGCCAGAUUGGAGCUAUGUCUUCCAUAACGGUUAUUGCGGGGGUAGAUAUAUUAGAUUUAAUUGGCUAUUGGUCAGGCAGGGCUCUUGGUACAGCCACCACUUGCAAAAUUCAGAGCAGAGAUGGACACCCUCCGAAGGUCAGAAAACGCACAUACAACCACAUGUUUCUAACAGAUUGUGUUUUUUUACCCUUCCAAACAUCACCGCCACCCCAUCUAGAUCUAGGUCUACCUAUCAAAAGGAAAUACUUCUAAACAGCUGUCUUGUUUUUGGAUGGGUACAGGAGAGAACAAUGCAAGUGGGGGGAGAGUAACCUGUCUGACCAUGUGAGCUUACGUCUACAUGCCAAGAGGUUGUGGCUUCUUGUCAUAAUUAGAGUUAUGAAUAUCCAAAAAGAGGACACUGAUAUUAACUAAGGAGACUAUGUUCUACAGUCUUCAAAGAAAAUUGUCACAGCUGUGUUGUGACCUAUAGAUCUCCUCUUAACAGAGAUUUGGGAUUUGGGACCAAAGUAUUAUUUCUAUUAAAAAAUGAAAAACUG